AGAGAGGGGAGGGAGGGAGAGGGAGGGAGAGAGAGACAGAGGGAGAGACAGAGACAGAGAGAGACAGAGGGAGAGAGAGAGACAUGAAGGGAGAGAAGGAGGGAGGGAGCGAAGGAGAGGAAGAAAGGGCAUGUGGGAUGCAGAAGGCAGGGAAAGGAGAGGACAGUCUGGUAUUCUAUCACUGUGAAGAUCAGUGGACAGAAGGAGGCCCACAGGGCUGGUGGAUGCUUGGACUGACCAGCAGCUCUGGGCAUGUGUGAGGGCACCAGGAGUUGGGGAAGGUGGAAGCUCUGAAAUGGGGCAGAAAUGUGGGCAGGGUGGCAGGGGAGACAGAGGGAAGGAGAACACACACUCCUUCUGUACAAGGUACUGAGUGCAGGGUCAGGAGUUAGGGAGAUCCGAGUUCAAAUGCAGGCUUGCUUCUGUGACCCUGGGCAAAUUACUUAACUCUAUUUGCCUCAGUUUCCCCUUUAGCUGGAGAAAGAAAUGGCCGGCUGUUCCAUUAUCUUUCCAAGAAAACCCUAAACAGGGUCAUGAAGAGUGAGAAGAGACAGAAAAACCACUGAACAAGAGAAAGCUCCACUUCCCAGGGCUAUGGAGGAAGCACCUACUACUGUGCCCGGCACAUAGAAGGGAAAGAGGUGGCUGGAAGGAAGUGAGAGGGACUUGGUGGGGAGAGGUCACGCUGCCACACUACCAGGGGAGGGAGAGGUCAUGGGACAGCCUGGUCCUACGUUAGGUCUUCAGGGGAGCCUGGAGGGGGUUCCGUAGAGGGAGGACAAAGCCUCAGUGAGCAAAGAACCUGGAGGAACUCUUAUCAUAGCUCAGCUUCAAUAUAUCAGGGUCAUCAAUAGAUUAGAAAGCUAAGUAACUUUCUACCUCUUUCCUACCUUUCCCUCUCGUUACUACUACUACUACUACUACUACUACUACUACUACUUCUACUUCUACUACUACUACUACUACUACUACUACUACUACUUCUACUUCUACUUCUACUUCUACUUCUACUUCUACUACUAUGAUUUAAUAAAAUUAUAAAGAUACUAGCAGUCUCAUAAUUUAAUUUUAAUUAUUACAGGGUUCUCCCUAUAGGAUAUGUGGCCUUGAGUGUUCUUAUCUAAUGAGACCAUAUUUAUUUAGACUUUUCUAAAAGUCUAAAUAAAUAUGUCUCUGUCUCUCUGUCUCUGUCUCUGUCUCUCUCCCCCCUCCCCAUCUCUCCCCUCUCUUGUUACCACCUGUUGUGGCACUUUUCCCAGCCCUUCCCAAUUACUGGUCGGCCAUAUUGGUACUGUUGCUCACAUGGACACCCUUGACCACUUUCUCUCCUUGGGUGGCUUUGUGUCCACCUGCCCCUUUUCAGCCUCCUCUGCUGGACCAUCUUCCCCUCCUGCCCCUUCAGUGGCUGGGACCUGGCAUCUCCUUCCUCCAUCUUUUCAGUCCCUAGGGGUAAAUCUCAGUCUGUCUUCAUACUGUCAAGGCUGAUGGUUCCACCUUUUGCUCUGCUCAGCUCCAUCCUGUGCCACUCCAUGGAGCACUGAUUCUGGAGGUGGAAGUUCUGGGUUCACAUCCUGGGACUCAGUUUCCUGAUGUGUAAAAUCAGGGGCUUCCACUAGACACCUCAGAGGACCCCUUUCCCUCUCAAUCUCAGAAUUUCUUCAUAAAAUCCACUCCUAACUUCAGACAGUCAUGUGGGCAGCUUUGGAAUGCUGGGCAGUGCCUCCGUCUCUUUUCUCUUAACCUCCAUGCACUGGGCAGGUCUUACCUUCUGUGUCCACCAUCGGUCUCCUUUCUGUCCCCUCCUUUCCCCACACACCCGACCCCUCACUCCUGUGCUUCAGGACCCUCGUGGGCCUCCUGUUCCCAAGACUUUACCACCUCUGAGGCACACAACCAGCCAAGGGCUUUAUGGCACUCUCCCACUCCAGAGAGUCCACUGAUUCCCUGCUCCCUCCAGGAAGCAAAAAUCAGCUCAAGUGUUAGCAGCUAAAGCCCAUCCCAGCUGGACUCAAACCUCCCUUCUUCCACCUUUUCCCUUCUUCCUCUCCAGAUACAGGAUGACCAGCCUUUGCACUUCAGCUCCUGCAGUCUCUGUGCAUUUGCCCUGGCUGUGCCCUGUGCCUGGCAUGCCCUCUCUGUCCUCCUGCCUCCAGGAUCCUUAGAGUCUUUCACCGCUCAGCAAAAGUGUUCCCUCCCUACUGUUGCCUUAAAUCUGUUUGGCACAGACCUUUGGCACAUCUUGUCUCCCUCCUGGCCCCUGAGCUCCUUCCUUGUCUUUUGUCUUUGCUCUCCCUGUGCCCAGCACGGGGUCUGGCGUGGAGUAGGUGACCAAGAAAUGCUUUUUGGUUCAUGGAUUAAUUGGUUGGUGGGUUUCAUAUGAGUUAGUCCAUAUUUGUGAUAUGGAAAUCAUAUUAAAAGUCAUAUAUAUUAAAUUAAGGUCGCCAAGGAAUUCAGCUAUGUAAUUCCUAAAUGAAAACUCAAGUCAGCAGUCAAUCUUUUAUGGAGUUUUUAAUUACAAACAGGAGGGAAAAAGGUAUUGGAGAGAGAGAGAGGGAAAAGGGAGAGAAGGUAAUAGGGCUUAAAUGCCCACUCUGCUUUAGGCUGGGCCAAAAGCCCAAGGCCUUGGAAUGUCCAAGGCAAAGAAAAGAGAUCAGUCCCUAUCACUCACAUGACCAAAAUGGAGAAACAGUCUCAAGGUUCCUUCCUCCAAGCACCAGGUUCCAACCACCACCUCUCUUCUUCACACAGGAAGAAAAGAACCAGAACCCCUGGGCUGUCCUCUACCUCACUUCCUGUGUCCCCCUGUGCCAAUGGUGGCUCUAGCUUAAACCAGGACCGCCCAGAGUUUCUCUCUCCAGACUCUUUUGCGGCAGAGAAGUGGCUGGCGGCAGCCUGCUGAGCGGCAUCUUGCUGAGCAGUUUGGCAUCUUGGAGUGGCAGCAGCUAUUGUCCGGUUUAGUGGCCUCAGCUUUAGUGCAAGGAGAAGGUGGUGCAGGAUUUCCCCCCCAAGGAAGGGAGUACAACGCAGGAGAGUAUCCCUGCUCUGCAACCUUUCAUCCAGCUCCAGGGCUGUAGUGAAGCCAGUCCUUCUCCCAGCUGGGCAGAAAGGACAUGAAUGAAGUCAGAGUAAUGAGAAAACAAAAAGGAUGGGCAAGCAUGGGAGAUGUGGUCCUGACCCGUCAGGAGAAGGAUAUAGCUCUUCCCCAAGUCAGCAACAUAGAGGAGAAAGAAGGAGGGACUUCUGGAGUCCUGGAUGCCAGGUUUCAGGAAUCUUUGACAUUCAAGGAUGUAGCUGUGGAGUUCACCUGGGAAGAGUGGAGACACCUGGAUCCUGCACAGAGGGCCCUGCACACGAAUGUGAUGUUGGAGAACUAUGAGAACCUGGUCUCCAUAGGGAUUCCCGUUUCCAAACUAGAUUUGUUCUUCCUGUUGAAGAGAGAAGAUGUACAGAAUGAAGAGGGAGAAGCUGGGACAGACACUUGUAUAGAAGGAAAGAUCAGACUUGAAAUGAAAGAGAUUUCUGCAGAGCUAAGCCUGUCUGGGGAAGAAACUCAGAGGCAAAGAUGCAUUGGUGAUGGUGCCUGUGAUUCCACUUGGAGAGAAAACUUGGAUGUACAUCAGAAAAUCCACACUGGAGGGAAACCUUACGAAUGUAAUCAGUGUGGAAAGGCUUUUAUACGGAGAUCCAGGCUUACUGUACAUCAGAGAAUCCACACUGGAGAGAAACCUUUUGAAUGUAAUCAAUGUGGAAAGACUUUCAGAGGUAGGGACGGUCUCAUACUACAUCAGAGAAUCCAUACUGGACAGAAACCUUUUGAUUGUAAUCAGUGUGGAAAGGCUUUUUCACAGAAGUCUACUCUUACUGUACAUCAGAGUAUCCACACUGGAGAGAAACCUUAUGAAUGUAAUCAGUGUGGAAAGGCUUUUACACAGAAGGCUCAUUUUACUGCACAUCAGAGAAUCCACACUGGAGAGAAACCUUUUAAAUGUAAUCAGUGUGGAAAGGCUUUCAGAGGUAGGGACGUUCUCAUACUACAUCAGAGAAUCCACACUGGACAGAAACCUUUUGAUUGUAAUCAGUGUGGAAAGGCUUUUAUACGGAGAGCCAGGCUUACUGUACAUCAGAGAAUCCACACUGGAGAGAAACCUCAUGAAUGUAAUCAGUGUGGAAAAGCAUUCAGAUGUAGAAAGAGGCUGGUUGCACAUCAGAGAAUCCACACUGGAGGGAAACCUUAUGAAUGUAAUCAGUGUGGAAAGGCUUUUAUACGGAGAUCCAAGCUUACUGUACAUCAAAGAAUCCACACUGGAGAGAAACCUUUUGAAUGUAAUCAGUGUGGAAAGACUUUUUCACGGAAGUCUCAUCUUAUUGCACAUCAGAGAAUCCACACUGGAGAGAAACCUUUUGAAUGUAAUCAAUGUGGAAAGGCUUUCAGAAGUAAGGACGGUCUCAUAAUACAUCAGAGAAUCCAUACUGGAGAGAAACCUUUUGAUUGUAAUCAGUGUGGAAAGGCUUUUUCACAGAAGUCUACUCUUACUGUACAUCAGAGUAUCCACACUGGAGAGAAACCUUAUGAAUGUAAUCAGUGUGGAAAGGCAUUCAGAUGUAGAAAUAAUAUGGUUAAACAUCAGAGAUUAUGCAAUGGAGAGAAACCUUUUAAAUGUAAUCAGUGUGGAAAGGCUUUCAGAGGUAGGGACGUUCUCAUACUACAUCAGAGAAUCCACACUGGACAGAAACCUUUUGAUUGUAAUCAGUGUGGAAAGGCUUUUUCACAGAAGUCUACUCUUAUUGUACAUCAGAGAAUCCACACUGGAGAGAAACCUCAUGAAUGUAAUCAGUGUGGAAAAGCAUUCAGAUGUAGAAAGAGGCUGGUUGCACAUCAGAGAAUCCACACUGGAGGGAAACCUUAUGAAUGUAAUCUGUGUGGAAAGGCUUUUAUACGGAGGAACAGGCUUAUUGUACAUCAGAGAAUGCACACUGGAGAGAAACAUUAUGAAUGUAAUCUCUGUGGAAAAGCUUUUACAGACAAAUCUGGUCUUACUGCACAUCAGAGAAUCCACACUGGAAAGAAACCUUAUGAGUGUAAUCAGUGUGGAAAGGCUUUUUCACAGAAGUCUCAUCUUAUUGCACAUCAGAGAAUCCACACUGGAGAGAAACCUUUUGAAUGUAAUCAGUGUGGAAAGGCUUUUUCACAGAAGUCUCAUCUUAUUGCACAUCAGAGAAUCCACACUGGAGAGAAACCUUUUGAAUGUAAUCAGUGUGGAAAAGCUUUUAUACAAAAGGCGAGUCUUACUGUACAUCAGAGAAUCCACACUGGAGAGAAACCUUUUGAAUGUAAUCAGUGUGGAAAGGCUUUUACCCAGAAGGCUCGUCUUACUGUACAUCAGAAAAUCCACACUAGAGAGAAAUCUUAUACUGGCUUAGUAAAGUCCUCAGUCAAAAGUCAACCCGUAUUUUCUCUCAACCAAUGGCAAGUCAGUAAACAAUAGUCCUUGGCAGCAGCUGUGUGGAUCCCAGCCAUACCUUUGGGAACUUUUGCUCUACUGAUGACCCUGGGGUCAGGCUGCUGAUUAAAGGAAGAUUGCAGGACCCUCCACUGGCCCUGGACGUGGGGCCUCAGCACAUUGAUCAGACAUGGUCCCAGGCUGUGCCUAAUGAUGGAGGAGCGCACAAAUAAGAGCAAUGGUUUUGUCUCACUUGGAAGUAAUCCAAGGCUAAGAUUCGCAUAAUUCAAGCUGAAUCCCUUUCCUUUUCCCGAUGGAAUCAUGAGUAUGAUUACUACUUCAAUUUAGGAAGAUGAGAAAUAGAGACUGCUUGGUGCCUCAUAGCAUGAGACUUCAGGGGCCUAGAAAGGAGCUUCCAGGAUCUUCAGUGUUAGGUCUAGUCAUUUAAAGGUGAUUAGGUACAAGAAAAAGUGUAACAUACUGAAGCCAGAGCGUGCAUUGACUACUAGGAAAGACAUCGGAAUGCAGAAUGGCGAUUGAGAUUGGGCCAGGUGUCAGCCCUGGCCUAGUCUGUUAGUCAGUAAACGUUAAUGAAGCACCUACUAUGUUCUAGCCUCUGAGGACACAAAGGGAAACAAAAGACAGUCCCUGUUGUCAGAGCUCAGAGUCUAGUAUACAAACAUAGUGAUAGUCAAGAAGAAGUAAAAGAUCAUGAACCUGACUGUUAAAUGAUCCAGGGAAAAGAAGGUGUUUUAUGAAUGGAAAUCCAUUUAGUUAAACAGGGAAAUAAGUGAAUAGAAAUAUGAGAACAAUUACAGUUUAAGAAGGGCAGAAUUGGGGAACAGAUAGUAAAAAUCAAAAUCAUAAGGAAAAAAGUAAUAUCUAGCAGUUAAAUAGCACCUACUGUGUGCAGUGCAUUUCAUCAAUAUUAGCUAUUUUGGUUCUCAUAAGAACCAUAAGGGUUAAGUGUAAUAAUUAUUCUCAUUUUACAAGUGAAGCAAAUGGAAUGAGCAGAGGACUUAUGACUUGCCUAGGGUCAUAGUACUAGCGAAUGUCUGGGAUUGGUAUGCUUCUAUCCAGUGUACCAAAAAAGUAAAAAUGCUCAUAUAUGAGUGAGGUUGAAAAUGAGAGAAGUUUACAAACUUUCUUGCUGAGGGAUGAACAUGCCUUUUUUUUGGUUUGUUUUAGCUCCUUAGCCAGUCAGCAAGAUGAAUGGCAAUUUACCGUUUAAAAUUCUUCUUACUUUAUCCAUUGUGCCACUUAUCUGCGCAAUUGGAAUCGGUUGAUACGAGCAGUAGCCAUUGUUUCAGUACCAUGAAUGUAGCUGAAGCAAACACUAUGGAAGCAUUUAGAGUUUGAUCAGACAUCAACGACUCCAAGAUAAUUCACCGUGUCUGCAGGCAUUGCAAGUCAUCUUGUCUUUUGCAACAUGAGCAAUAUGGAAAUCAGUUUUAGAUGACUGCACAUAUAUAAUCUAUCUCAGAAUGCUUACCAUCUCAAGGAGUCGGGUGAGAAAGUAGGAAUAGAGAGAAUUUGAAACUCCAAAUUAAAAAAAAAUGCUGGAUCACCAUAGCCAAGAUAGCAGACAGAAAUCAGGGAUUUACCUCAGGUUUCUCAAAUUCUCCUCAAUAUGACUUUAAUAUAAUGUCUCAAAACAUUCUGUAACAGAAGAACUCCAAAAAGGAUGAGGUUAAAGAAUUUUUCUGCCUAGAGACUUUAGAAGGUCAGCAGGAAAGGUCACUCCCACCAUGGUGAAAGUGGAGCAAAGUCUAGCACAGGCUAACAGAAUAAUAGCAAGGCCAUGCCUUACUCUGUUAGCAGCAAAGCCAUGUGCCCUGACCCAUCAGCAGCAGGCCCUUAAGGGAACUGAACUGGCAGCAACAACUUGUUGAGCUCUUAGUCCACAGACAGUAAGGGCAGGGGGCAGUCAGACAACUUAACAGAAGAUCAGAGGUCCUUUUUGUAGCAUUGUGUGCAGGAGUCUGUUUUGUAGCUCAUAUGUGGAUUCUAGUUUCAGGCCUGGUGGCAGUCCCAAUGUAAGAACCUCCAUUAGUGACAAGCUCUAGAAGUAGUAGAAUUUGCACCCAUGGGGGAUUUGGGAUGUUGAUCACAGUUCCAAAAUGUAAAAUAAAAGGCUGGUUAUUCACAGUCCAGAGUAUAGGGCAAGAGAGUAGUGAACAUAUUUCUUUGUAUAUCACAUCACCUUGGAAGAAGUGAAAAUGUAUAGAAACACUCCACCCCAUUCCAGCACCACCUCUGAAAGCACUUACAUUUAAAAACAAAACACCAAGCUUCAAACAAUGCCUCAUCUACCCCAGGAGCAGACUUAAAAUUUAGCAUAAAAGUCAAGAAAUAAGCUACAGAAAUGAGCAAACAACUUUGAAAAAGCACUUCACCAUAAAAAGUUACUGUGGUGACAAGAAGAUCAAAACAAACUGAAAAUGACAAAGUUUCAAUGCAAAAUGUGAAUUGAUUUGAGGAACAAAAAAAUCCUAGAAGAGCUCAAAAAAGUAUUUUAAAACUCAAAUAAGAGAAAUUAGAGGGAAAUUGAGAAAAUAAUUGAGUUGUAAAUAAAAUAAAUUUUUUAAAAUGGUCUGUAGUUUGGUAAAGUAGGCACUAAAGUACUGAAUAAAAAGAUGUUAAAAAACAAUAAACCAAGUGAUGAAAAGGGCACCAAAAUCCAUUGAAAAAAGGAACUUCUUUAAAAUCAAAAUUGGCCAAAUGAUAUAAUAUAUACAAAAAUAUAUUGAAGAGAACUUCUUAAAAAGUAGAACUAGCCAAAAUCAAAUCAAGAAAACAUCUAAUGCCCAGUGGACUUACGCGUCGGCUAUGGGGGGUGGUGGGGGGGGAGGAAAAGAAAAUGAUCUAUGUCUUUAACGAAUAAUGCUUGGAAAUGAUCAAAUAAAAUAUAUUUAAAAAAAAAAAAGUAGAACUAGCCAAAUGGAAGAGACUCUAAAUGAACACUGUAAUGAGAAUAUCAACAACAUAGAAAUGGGUUUGAAUCAAGGACACAUGUGAUCCCCAGUGGAAUCAUGCGUUGGCUGUGGGAGGAGGUGGGGAGGAAAAGAUGAUGAUAUUUGUUUCCAAGGAAUAAUGCUUGAAAAUGAACAAAUAAAAUAAUGUUUAAAAGUUAAAAAAAAAAAAGUAGAGCUAGUCAAAUGGAAAGUGGAGCUACAAAAGUUAAAUGAAGAAAAUAAAUCCUUAGAAAUUAGAAUUGGGCAAGUGGAAGCUAAUGCCUCCAUGAGAUGUUAAGGAAAAAAAAAUUUAAAUCAAAAGAAUAAAUAAAAAAAAAGUGAAAUAUCUCAUUGGAAAAAUAACUGACCUAGAAUCGAUGCAAGAGAGAUAAUUGAAUGACUGUACAAGCUAAAAGCUAAGAUUAAGAAAAAAAAACAAACUAAAUUCCAGGGCUCCCACAUUAAGCAGGAAAUACAGCAAACAAUCCCCUGAAUUGAAACAAAAUACAGAUAUUGUGUAGCCACAGUCAUUAUACCACAAGUUUUAGCAGCUUUGAUAUUAAAUGAUUGGUGAAUUUGGAAUAUGAUAUUCCAGAGUGUAAAAGAACUAGGAUUACAAGCAAGUAUCAUCCACCCAGUAAAACUGAGUACAAACAUUCAUGAGGAAAAAAAUGAAUGUUCAGUGACAUAGAGGUCUCCUCAAGCACUCUUUGUCAAAGGGACAGAGCUGAAAAGAAAAUCUGAUUUUCAAAUAUAAAUCUCAAGAGAUGCAUAAAGGAAAAGAAAUCGUAGAUCAAUCAGUAAAUUUAAGCUGCUUAUGUUCCUACAUGAAAAGAUGAUAUUUAUAAUUCCUAGGAACCUUAUCAUUAGAAGGGCAUGGAUAUGAAUUUAUGCAUUGGAAGGAGGAAGGGAGAAGUAGAAUGGGGUCCUUUAUCUCAAACAAAGUCAAAGAGCUUUUGAAGUGGAGGGUUAGAUGGAGUUGGGGAGAAGCACUUAAAUUUUAUUGAAAUUUGCUCAAAGGGCAAACAGUAUACACACAAUUGAGUAUAGAAAUACACUUUGCCUUCUAAGAGAAUAGAGAAGGGAUAAGAAAAGAGAAUUGGUUAAUUGGAAGAGGCAGUAGUCAGAAGCAAAACACUUGAGAAUGAAAGAAAAGCAAGUAAGAUAAACAGGGGAAAAUAGGAUGGAGGAAAAUACCCAGUUAAUCCUAAUGUCAAAAAAAUCACAGGGGGCAGCUGGGUAGUUCAGUGGAUUGAGAACUAGCCCUAGAGACGGUAGGUCCUUGUUUCAAAUGUGGCCUCAGACACUUCCCAGCUGUGUGACCCUGGGCAAGUCACUUGACCACCAUUGCCUAGCCCUUACCACUCUUCUGCCUUGGAGCCAAUACACAGUAUUGACUCCAAGAUGGAAGGUAAGGGUUUAAAAAAAAAUCACAGCAAGUUUCUCUAAAUAUGAAGAAUAUAUAUGUAUAUUUAAGGAAAUGAAAGUUAAAAUACCUCAGGUACUUCCGUUACACCUAUGUGAUUGGCUAAUAGAGAAAAGAAAAAUGACAAAUUGGGGAAAUGGGGGGAAAUUGAGAUGCUUAUGUAUUGUUGGUGGAAGUGAACUGAUUCAAACAUUCCGAAGAACAAUUUAGAAGCUUGCUCAAAAGGUUCUAAAACUGCAAUAUCAUGACCAGGUCUGUAUCCCAAAGAUAUCUUUUUUGGGGAAAAAAAGGUCUAUUUGUACAAAACUUUCUAGCAGUUCAUUUUGUGAUUGUAAAGAAUUGGAAAUUGAGGGGAUUCCCAUUAAUUGAGGAAUAAAUGAAGUUUUGGUAUAAUGAUUAUGACAAUACUAUUCUGCUAUAAGAAAUGAUGAGGAUAAUUUCAGAAAAAAAAAACCUGAAAAGCCUUUCAUUAUCUGAUUCAAAGUAAAGUGAGCAGAAUAUGGAGAACAUUGUACACAGUACUUGCAAUUUUAUUCAGUGAUCAAGUGUGGAUGAAUUAGCUAUUCUUAGUAAUACAAUGAUCCAAGACAAUUCUGAAGGACCCUGGAUAAAAAAUGCUACUUCCAAGGAAAACUGAUGGAGUCUGAAUGCAGAUCAAAGUCUUCCUUGAUUAGAUUUGCUUUUGUCGGGUCUUGGAAUGCAGGGGGGAAAAGAAUGGCUCAAAUUCUCUUGAACUGGAGACUCAAAUCAUGUUACUUCAAGAAGCAUUUCUCAAUCAGUUCUCAUUUAUAAAACACCUAAUAAGGGACAAUAGACUAAGUGCUAAGGAUUAAAAAAAAAACAGAUGAAAUGAUUAUUCCCUGGAGGAGCUUUCAUUCUAAUGGUUUAAGUCAACAAGCAUUUAUUAAACAUCUGGGACCCCAAGAAAUAGUAGUCUCUGGAGAUACCAGGCAUUGAUUAAAAACAAACACCGGAAACAACUUGCAAAUACUAAAUUCCCUCAAAUCCCAGCAUGCCCACAUGUGCAUUUCCAUUUCUACUAUUAAGGUCUUAGGUCUCAGAAUGGCUGAUUAAGUCCUGCAGCAGAAGUGAGAGCCAAAAUAGGCGACCUGUCGAGGAGCAGGUUGGGUUUUCCAUAUGAUAUCUCAGAAAUGAGGCAAGUCUAAGCAGGGGCUUUCUAAAGGUAUCAGAAACAGAUGCAAGCUUCAAUCUUCUGACAGUGAUAGCAUUUACAAGACUUUUCUCCAGCAAGACUUGUUUUCUGGUAAAAAGCAAGGGGAAUGUUGGCUCUACCGUUUCCCCAUCAAUUAUUGGGAAGACUACUACAAAUGAUCUCAUGUAACCUUGUGCUCUAGGCCUUUCCAUCUCCUUUCCCUUUGAGAUUUGAUUGAUUAAUUUUUUUUCUUUAUGCCAAAAGGAGAUAAACAACUUUCUCCUUCCAGACUGAAUCCUUUUGGUGACUGACAAACAAAGGAAACUAAAUCAGAGACAGUGAAUGCAAUCUCAUGGGCACAUCUGCCAGUGGAGGUAACCUACCCUGGGAGUCAAGUCUUCUGAUUCUCUGGGGAAGAGGGAGGCCUGAGACAACCACUGUUUGAUACAAUUGCUCAGAGAUCUACUUGUGUCAGUCUUCCUAUUGACACUACUGGAAUCACUGAGUAUGAAUAAUAUAGACUGUAUGUGGUUCUACUGGCUCCAUCGAUUUCUUGCUAGAUGGGUACAAUGAGCAAAAAUUGGACCUCCACCCUAUUUGAAUAGCCCUCUGCCCUUCCUAAAUCCAUGAUUUUACCCCUAGACAUUGCUAAUCAGUAUUAUCCUGUUUAAAGACAUUCCAUAAGGGGACUGAUUAUUUCUUGUGUAUUAAAAGACAUUAUUAUACAAUGAGUCAUUUAAGGAUAAUCAACUAAUCCCAAUAUGUAACAGAAUUAAGAAUAAUUAGAGUAGGUUAAAUAGAUCCUAUCUUAUAGUAGAUUUUCAACUUGUCAUUACCAUGUACUUCACUGAGCACAAGAGUGUCCUAACUAGAGGACCUCCAUCGAUGUGGCCUGAUGACUAAGUGGGCAAGGAAGACCCCCAGACCUCCAGCCUGGACGGUCUUAGUACUGUAGGAUAGAAAUGUUCUAAUGGGUUGGAAGGUCCCUGCAAAAUGUAAAAUGUCCCCUUGUUAGGGGUCUGUUGGCCAACAUUUGGGGAUUCUGUUUUCUCUGUACAUACAUUUGUAAGUCUAUUACUCAACAAUAGAUGUGGAGAUCUACUAGACCUUUCCUCUGUGAACCUCAAAGUGACAGUGGGACCCCCAGGGAGAUUCUGUACUUAGUACUGUCCCUUCUGAACUCUCUGGGAUUUAAAGAUUAUAAACCUUGACUCUGAACAUGGAGUGAUCUCAGAUAGUGGCCAGGUCCAUUUAAUAAAUAGUAAUUGACUCAGAGCUCUGCCUCAGUGACUUUAUAGGUUAGAUCAUUUCUGGUAUUAUAUUAUGGUUACCCCAGAUAGGAUGAUGAGUUGUGGACCUUCUCUAAAUGCUCCCAAUUCCCCAAUUGAAGAACAUCCCCUGAUUUUCCAGUUUUUUGCCACCACAAUGAGCACAGCUAUGAAUAUUUUUGUACAUGUCUUUUUUUCUUAUUAUCUCUUUAGGGUACAAACCCAGCAAUGCUAUGACUGGAUCAAAGGGCAAACAGUCUUUUAUUGCCCUUUGAGCAUAUUUCCAAAUUGCCUCCCAGAAUGGUUGGAUCCAUCCACAACUCCACCAGCAGUGCAUUAAUGGUCCCUCCAGCAUUCAUUACUUUCAUUUGCUGUCAUGUUAGCCAACCUGCUAGGUGUGAGGUGAUACCUCAGAGUUGUUUUGAUUUGUAUCUCUCUGAUUAUCAGAGAUUUGGAACACUUUUUCAUGUACUUAUUAAUGGUUUGAUUUCUUUCACUGAAAAUUGCCUGUUCAUGGCCCAUGAAUCAAUUGGAGAAUGGCUUGAUUUUUUGUACAAUUGAUUUAAUUCUUUGUAAAUUUGGGUAAUUAAACAUUUGUCAGAGGGUUUUUUUUUUAAACAUUAUUUUAUUUCGUCAUUUCCAAACAUUAUUUAUUGGAAACAAAGAUGAUUUUCUUUUCUUCUCCCCCAACCCCUCCCACCUCUCCCACAGCCGAUGCGCGAUUCCACUGGGUAUCAGAUGUGUCCUUGAUUCGAACUCAUUUCCAUGUUGUUGGUAUUUGCAUUAGAGUGUUCACUGAGAGUCUCUCCUCAGUCAUAUGCCCUCAACCCCUAUAGUCAAGCAGUUGCUUUUCAUUUGUGUUUUUACUCCCACAGUUUAUCCUCUGCUUGUGGAUAGUGUUUUUUAGAUCCCUGCAGAUUGUUCAGGGAUAUUGCAUUGACACUAAUGGAGAAGUCCAUUACAUUUGAUUGUACCACAGUGUAUCCGUCUCUGUGUACAAUGUUUUCCUGGUUCUGCUCCUUUCGCUCUGCAUCACUUCCUGGAGGUUGUUCCAGUCUCCAUGGAAUUCCUCCACUUUAUUAUUCCUUUUAGCACAAUAGUAUUCCAUCACCAACAUAUACCACAAUUUGUUCAGCCAUUUCCCAAUUGAAGGGCAUCCCCUCAUUUUCCAAUUUUUGGCCACCACAAAGAGCGCAGCUAUGAAGAUUCUUGUACAAGUCUUUUUCCUUAUUAUGUCUUUGGGGUACAAACCCAGGAGUGCUAUGGCUGGAUUAAAGGGCAGAGAGUCUUUUAGCACCCUUUUAGAAUGGUUGAAUCAAUUCACAACUCCACCAGCAAUGAAUUAGUGUCCCUAAUUUACCACAUCCCCUCCAGCAUGCAUUACUUUCCUACAUUGUCAUGUUAGCCAAUCUGCUAGGUGUGAGGUGAUACCUCAGAGUUACUUUGAUUUGCAUCUCUCUGAUUAUAAGAGAUGUAGAGCACUUUUUCAUGUGCUUAUUAAUAGUUUUGAUUUCUUUGGCUGAGAACUGCCUGUUCAUGUCCCUUGCCCAUUUAUCAAUUGGAGAAUGGCUUGAUUUUUUGUACAAUUGAUUUAGCUCUUUGUAAAUUUGAGUAAUUAAACCUUUGUCAGAGGUUUUUUUAUGAAGAUUGUUUCCCAAUUUGUUGCCUUCCUUCUGGUUUUAGUUACAUUGGUUUUGUUUUUAGAAAAACUUUUUAAUUUGAUGUAUUCCAAAUUAUUUAUUUUGCAUUUUGUGACUCUUUCCUUUCUUGCUUGGUUUUAAAGUCUUUCCCUUCCCAAAGGUCUGACAUGUAUACUAUUCUGUGUUUACCUAAUUUUCUUAUAGUUUCCUUCUUUAAGUUCAAGUCAUUCACGCAUUCUGAAUUUAACUUGGUGUAGGGUGUGAGGUGUUGAUCCAAACCUAAUCUCUCCCACACUAUCUCCUAAUGUUCCCAGCAGUUUUUGUCAAAUAAUGGAUUUUUGUCCCAAAAGCUGGGGUCUUUGGUUUUGUCAUAAACUGACUUGCUGAGAUCAUUUACGCCAAGUCUAUUCAACUGAUCCUCCUUUCUGUCUCUUAGCCAGUACCAAAUUGUUUUGAUAACCACUGUUUUAUAGUAUAGUUUGAGAUCUGUGACUACAAAUCCUCCUUCCUUUGCAUUUUUUUUCAUGAUUUCCCUGGAUAUCCUUGAUCUUUUGUUCUUCCAAAUGAACUUAGUUAUGAUUUUUUCUAAUUCAGUAAAGAAGUUUUUUGGUAGUUCAAUGGAUAUGGCACUAAAUAAGUAAAUUAAUUUGGGCAGGAUUGUCAUUUGUAUUAUGUUAGCUCAUCCUACCCAUGAGCAAUCAAUGUUUUUCCAAUUGUUUAGAUCUAGUUUUAACUGUCUGGAAAGUGUUUUAUAGUUGUGUUCAUAUAGUUCCUGUGUUUGUCUCGGCAGAUAGAUUCCUAAGUAUUUUACUUUGUCUUAAGUGAUUUUGAAUGGGAUUUCUCUUUCUAAUUCUUGCUGCUGAGAUGUCAGAGGUUUUUGUAAUGAAGAUUGUUUCCCAAUUUGUUGCUUCCCUUCUGAUUCUAGUUACAUUGGUUUUGUUUGUACAAAGACUUUUUAAUUUGAUGUAGUCACAAUUAUUUAUGUUACAUUUUGUGACUCUUUGUAAGUCUUGCUUGGUUUUAAAAUCUUUCCCAUCCCAAAGGUCUGACAUGUAUAGUGUUCUGUGUUCACCUAAUUUACUUAUAGUUUCCUUCUUCAAGAGAAACAGGAAAAGGUAAAUAUGAAAGAGAGGGAAAAGGAGAAAAAUGGUUUUUUUAUUCAAAAUCUCUCCUUGAAGGGCUACAAUUAGAUCAAAUUAUAUAUUAAUAUAUGGGGGAAAUGAUAUUUGUAACUAAAAUCGGUUUCAUUAUUAUAGUAAAUAAAAGAAUCAUAAAAAAGAUUUGGGAAUUAAAGGCUAUAAAAUGAUAUGCAAAAAAGAAGGUGGGAGGGGGAAUCAACUGCCCCUUUCAUGAAGUAUUUUUGAUGAGUGUCGACAGAACCCUGUAAACUUUGGGACGUUUCAACCAAAACUGAUAGCUUGAGAUUGCUUUUGAGUGUGCAAGUUCAAUUUUUAAAUCUGAUUUAAUGUAGGUUUCACAGAAAUGUUAAAAUAAAGGUCUUGGGGAGAUAGGAAAAUAAAAAUUGGAGGAAAAAUUUGUGAGCCUGAAAAAUUCCACCAUUUGGUACUGUUUGAUAUUUGGCAUUCAGGGAGUAGUUCAGGGAGUCAGAGGUCUAAUAAUGUGUUUCUGUUGAAGUGCUUGAUUAUUGAUUCCAAAGAUGAAAUCAGACCAACCAUGUAACACACAGAAGGGUGGUUUAUUAUCAAACUGCACUGUGGAUCCCAGCACUAAAAAUGGCUGGCCUCCAGUCUGGGGCUAACAGGCUUUUUAUACAUUUUUGUGGUAGGGGAAUGCAAAGGAAUUCCUGGGGUGGGGGGAGUGAACAGGAACUCCUGGGGCUGAGGUGUUAUUAGUUCUUGGCAUAUGUCAGGAGUGGAAGAGACAAGAACUGCUGGGGUUAGGGGUCAGGGAGGGAAAGAAGGGAUUUGGGAGCUGGCUCUUCAUUUCCCCACUUCUACUACUGUACAUGAAUGAAUCUUCCUCAUUCUACCAUAUUGUCAUAAGGGGAUUAAGUAGGAGUCAGGGUUUGAUAAUGCUGGUGAAGGACCAUAGCAGGAUGGUAUUAAUGUGAUCCUUGAUGAGGGCUAUUAGGUGAUGAAGAACAUAGAUUCCUUAACUAGCCCCAUUUGGUCAGCAUAAAAGCAAAGAACAAUAUAGGGUCCUUUCCAGCGAGGCUGGAGGUUCCCCUUCCUAUACCUAGAGUAGUAAACCCUCAAGGAUUUCAUAGGGUAUUGGUCAUCUGACUGGGGUCUGCCUGGAGACAUAGGGAAUGACCCUCAUAAAGGAUUCUGUGGUUUUAGGGAACAGACAGGAGUCUGAGAUAUAGCCUGAUAGAAUCUAGGUGUAGCCUGGAGGUGCAUCUCUCUUGUCCACCUUAAAUCUAAAGGAGGAUCAAAGGAGGACAAUCAUCUCAGGGUCCUAUAGGGGUCAUUAGAUGUUUUUAGGUUAGGAGUCAUGAGGAUGUAAGUGAGCAAAGGAACUUCCCUGACAAAAGUUUGCCCAAGAUUCCUGGGUUACAACGCCCAUGUAAUCUCCCCCCUCUCCAGAUAUCUAAGGGAUAAAGGGUGAUGGUCUCAGUAUUCUGUAGCUUCUUCAGAGCUAACAAUGGUUGUAGAAAUGUCCCUGCCUAUUGUCAGGAGAGAGGUAUUGGCUGUAGGCAAUGUCCAGGGCUUCGGGUUGGAAUUAUUGCCGAGGCUACAGUGGCAUCUGGGUGACUCCCAUGAGUGCUUCUACCCUAGAAGCAACUAGAGAAGUGACAAGAUUAUAAAGGGAGUAGCCAAAACAUGAACAGGGAGGGAAAGAAGGUGGACACAGGGUCUUUAGGGGCAUGUCCUCAGUGAAUGCUUGGUCCUAGGUAGGUGGGGACCUGCUUGGAGAUCUGAAGGAUGUCCAGUGACUGCUUCCCCAAUUGGCAGACAGGUCACAAGAGGGAGAGUUAUCCCCUAACAUAGAAGUGUAGAAACCAGGACUGGGGCAAAAACUAGAACACCAGGUAGAAACAGAGAAAAUUAAUACAAUAGCAAUUGGCAUUAAACAUUUGCAUUUGCAUAUCUUAGGCACCAGACUUCUUCAGAAAUCAUCUUCUGACAGGCAUAGAUCCCUUUAGGAAAUCUGAUUCCUGAGUUGUUUGCAGAGUUGGUAUGUGAUGUUUCUGUUAAAGAAUAUCCUUUAGUAAAGUACACAUUAACUAUAAACAUCUAUAAUUACUUGAGUAACAAUAUGUUAGAGAUGAAUUUCUUCACCCCAGAUUCUGGGGGAAAUUCAAGAAAGCUUUGAGCUGUAUUUCCAAGCUCAAGAUCCAAACUUCAACUGUGGUAAAUUAAGGCUACAAAUACAAGCCAUCUAUGAAUAAACUUCACCUACUUUUCAAAGUAUGUUCUCUAAAAAUUUAACAAUUUUCAACUAUUAACCUAAUAGGUUGUUUGGGAAAAAUGGAAACUUCAAUUUUACAAUUUGCAUUAUGUGCUGAUUAUGGGAAUUUGUCACAAAGGAAAAGGCCGAGAGGGAAAAUAUUUCCUCAUGUUCCAAAGGACACAGUGAGUGGUUUCAUGUACAAGCCAGGGCUGCACUUGCUAAUUCCAUCAUUGAUUCACUAAAGGAUUAUCAUCCUGGAUUGUCAGAAAAGGUCCAUUCCCAGGUGAGCCCAGGAUAUGCCUCUGUAACCAUCCUAGGACAUUCUCUGUUUUUGGUGUACGUUGUAUAAAUUUCAUUUAAUAUUGACUGAGUAAAGUGACUUCCACAGUCUGAGUCCAAUUUUGAGGGAAUCCCAAAUCUAGGUAUGAUUUCUUUUAAUAGGAUUUUGACCACAAAUGCUGUGUUGUUCUUUUUGGAAGGAAAAACUUCUGGCCAUCUAGUUAGUUGUCUAUGAUGACAAGGCAAUACUUAAUGGUCAUUUUGGCACCCAGGGCAUCGUGGACUCUGUCAAGAGAGUAUGGAUAUCCCCUGGUAUAACUACUAUAGCCUCUAAAGUAUGUUCAGCCUGCUCUAUUUGCCAGGCAUAUAACCAACAUGCAUAUCGUGGAAAAGCCUUUGGGGGAUGUCCCCUGGAUUACACACCUUUUGAACAUCUACUGACAGAUUUCAUAACAAUGCCAAAGGCCGGACAUUAUAAAUUUUGUCUACUCAUAGUAGAAAAACUGACCAGAUGGCCAGAAGUAUUUCCUGUGACCCGAGCCAUGACAGAUUUUGUUGCUAAGGUGCUUUUAAAAGAAAUUAUUCCUCGUUUUGGCCUGCCAGCAUGUAUUGAUUCAGAUAGAGGAAGUCAUUUUAUUGAUUCUGUGUUAGAUCAAAUAUAUUCUUGCUUGGGGAUAACUCCCAAAUUUCAUGUUCCAUAUCACCCCCAGAGCUCAGGCCAAGUGGAGAGGAUGAAUAAAGAAUUUAAGACUAUGAUUGGCAAAUUAUGCACUGAGACCCAUUCAAAAUGGCCUGAAAUUCUCCCUCUGGCCCUAUUUUAUCUUAGAAGCAGGCUUAGAGGAGACUUACAUAUUUCACCAUUUGAGAUGCUUUUUUGACAUCCUCCUAUACAGGCUAAGCCUUUCUCCCCGGCUUAUACAUCAAUAUUAGGGGGAGAUAUUACGAUUUCUUCCUAUAUACAGGAGUUAAAGCACAAACUACAUGAACUUCAUGAAUCCGGAGCUGCAGUACAAGCUGGACCAUUAGACUUUUCUCUGCAUGACCUGAACCCAGGAGAUAAAGUUUAUAUCAAGAAUCUCAAGUGAACUGGAGCAACUCAACCUUCAUGGGAAGGACCAUUCCAAAUAUUAUUAACUACUCCAACAUCUAUAAAGAUUGGAGAAAGAGACUCUUGGAUUCACUGCUCACAUGUUAAGAAAGCAUCUUCUGCUGAGACUGAUUACUCUAUCCUAUCAUAUGAAUUGUGACUCUAUCUUAUCAUAUGAAUUGGAGAUAAUAAUCCAUAGACAAAUGGAUGCUGUUUUUUCAAGAGCACAUUGAAUUACUGAUUUUGUUCUUAUUUUUCUUAUUUCUUUUCUUUUAUUUUUCGAUCAGAAUAUUUGAUUUUUUCUCAUUUUUGUACUGAAGGUACACAUAAUUAAUAUUAAUAUUUUUUUCCUGCAGUAAUACAAGUUAAUAUAUAUACUCUUGCUAUAAUAUCAAUAUAUGCCUAAAAGCUUUAAACUAUGGGAACCUGCCAUUUAUUGAUAAAAUAUUAUAGGACUGUGAUUAAUGUUUGUGUCUGAUUCCAGGAAAAGGGAUAAAAACAAGGAGCACAGACUAAACCUAAAUAGUUCCAAUAAAGCACACAAGAGAUAUUAAAGUGAGACUUGAGGUUGCGAAGCUUAACUUAUGUUUAAGUAGUAGGAUUUCCUCGUAUCUACACUCUUUACGAAGUACUCAAACAAGUACAAAGCUUGACUAUCAUGCUGGCUCCCUAUAUCCCUGAAUGAAAAAAAAAAUCAGACGAGUGAAUGACAUUUCCCCAUCAAAAUAGAAUUUUAAUUCUUCUUAUAUUAUGGCAACUUCCUGUAGUCUUGGCUACAAAUGGCUAAGUGAAAUAUUACUGCAUUCUGUCCUACAUACUUGUGGGAUAGAAAUUACUUUAAACUUGACCUAUACAAGACCUAUUUUGAAUUUUUCUUAUGUUUUUUAUUAUUUUUCUAUUCUUUUGAUAAUUGACACAUACACCCCCAUAACUGAACAUUGCAUUCUGAGCUAAACUUGAUAUUUUUUAAUACUUACUUCAGGGGGAUUGUAUUUUAAUUUAAAUUCUAAGAAGUUUUGAAUUUUUUUUGUUUAAGAUUGUAUUUUUAUAAAAAUCCAAGAAUUUUGAAUUUUAAGAUUGUACUUUUGUAAAGAUUCAAGAUUUGAUUUUGUUCUAGAAAAGAUCUUCAAGAAAUAAGCUUGAAAGUUUUAUAUCCAGAGAAUGAACUGUUGCAAGAAGAUGCCGAAAACCUACACUUCAUCAAGAAGAUCAAGAAUGAACUUUGGAUAUGAUUGAUUGGACUGAACUUUUGAUUGAACAUUUAUUGUAAUUGUACACAUUUAUGCCAAAAGGGACUGCCCCUAAUUUGGCUUUCUGUCAAUGAGACUAGCAAAAUAUUGGUUUUGCUUUCUUUCCUUUUCUAUUUUCUCUCUUACUAUUCUAAUUCUCUUUUAAAAAAAAAUGAAUAUUGUGCAUAUCUAUAGUUAGAAUUGAAUUCAGAGUUACAAAAUUGAUUAUGUUGUUUGAUCAAUGGGGAGACUGGUCUCCCAUGAUCAUCAAGGGGGAUUGUAAACCUUAAAAUUUCUUAGACUUAUGAAUGUUGGAAAUUUCCCCAUUGGGAAAUUUCAUACUUGAAAUUAUUUCCUACUGAUAGUAAGAAUUCUAUUGGAAUAUGAAACUCCUUGGCAUGGGAGGAUCCUUCUCCCCCCUACUUAAGACUACUUUAGGACAGAAACCUUUUGCUAAACAAUGGAAUGGGCUUUGACCUAUGCUUAAGCAUAGAACAGGAAGUUCUUUGAGUCAUGAUUGAUUUUAGAAUUGAUACAAUAGAGAUACUUGGAAUGACAGAACCAGGUCUUGGAAACUGCAGCAAAGAUCAAGAUUUAAUUAUUUGAGAAUAUGACCUUCAACAGACAUGUGCAAAGGGGACAAACCUCUGGGUUGUCCUGGGUUAAACUAGAGGCACCAUUGGCACAGGGGAGACAUGGACAGUGAUUGGUAGAUGUGAGAACUGAGGGGAGGGAACUUAGAUUGUUGGCUUAAAGAUAGUGGGGUCUGAGGACUGAAGGGGAAGUUUUUUUUGCUCUGGAGAAGGUCUGAGAGGAGAGAAGUCCUGGAGGGAGAGUUCCUGGAGAGGUUUUGAAGGAGGCUGUGGAAGGUGAACUCAGGAGGAGUCAGGAGGAGAAUUCUCUGGAAACGUAUCUCGAAAAGAGGCUCUCUUGAAGGUGGAGGAUGAGGUUGGCUUGAGAAGCCUUACCUAGAGAGAUCUUGGGUGAGUGAUAAAACCAACUGACUGAUUUAUUCAUUCUUAUUCCUUUCUUACUUUCUCUCUUUUUCUAUUGAUUAAUCAGUGUAUUAUAAAUUAAAUUUCUCUAUAAAACUAAGUUGGCUUGGGCAUAUUCAUAAAUUGGGAAUAUAUUCCCUGGUGACCAUCUUAUAUUUAUAUAAAACCAAGACACAGUAGAAAACAUAUUUCAGCGGUCAUAAUUGAUAUAUAUUUCCCUUGCUCCCAAACAUUUUAAUUAUCACAGUUUAUGGCUCCCACUCUCUUAUCUACAACUAUUUUUUUUUUGCAGAUGAAAACAUACCACUCUUCACUUUAUUUUCUCCAUUAAUUUUUAUCUCUAGUGUAAAUAAUAUGUCUUUAUUCAUAACAUGUUGGACAGGGAAAUAUAUGUUAUAUGAUAAUUUAUGUACUACCUCUAUCAUAUUGCCUGCCAUCUUGGGGACGAGGGAGGAGUGGAAGGGAAGGGAAAAAAGAAUGAAACAGAUUUUAUGGACUAAUGUGAAAACUUUUCUCUUGGGUAAGCAUAUUUAUUACAUACUUAAAACAAAUCAUAUGUCUUUUAUAUUCUUUUAUAUAUUAUAUAUUAUAUAACAUAUGUUAACACAUGCAUGUUAUAUGUGUUGUAUGUUAUAUGUUAUAUUUUUAAAUUUAAAUUUCAUAUUUUUAUUUUUUAAAAUUUAAAUAAAGAGAAUCUCCUUAAUUAAAAAAAAAAAAAA